AUGCAUCUAAAAGACUUUGACUACCUCUCUAUAACAACAUCCAACUAUACAUCCACUCCCCUCAUUGCAUUUCUGCUAACUGGAGUCCCAGGAUUAGAAGACUUCCAAAUCUGGAUUUCCAUCCCUUUCAGCUUUAUGUACCUUUUGGCUGUGAUAGGCAAUGGCCUGGUUAUGGCAGUGGUGGCCUGGGACAGGAGUCUCCAUGAACCCAUGUAUUUAUUCCUGGCCAUGCUGGCACUCAAUGAUGUCCUUCUUUGUACUGUCACAGUGCCCAAAAUGCUUCUCAUCUUCUGGCAGGGCCCUUCCCCAUCAACGUUUCCUGCAUGUCUCACACAGAUGUUUUUUGUUCAUGCUCUGUUCCUCUCUGAAUCUGCUAUUCUCCUGGCCAUGGCUUUUGAUCGCUAUGUGGCUAUCUGUGCACCACUCCAUUAUGCAACCCUAUUUACAGGCUCUCUCAUCAGCAAGGUGGCCUUGGCUCUGGUGUUUCGAAGUGUGGCUGUAGUUACCCCUGGAGUCCUCCUCAUUCUUCGUCUGCACUUCUGCCGGAGCAAUAUUAUCCACCAUACCUACUGUGAGAACAUGGUCAUUGCCAAGUUGGCCUGCAAUAGCAUUGUCCUUAAUAGCAUUUAUGGGCUCACUGCAGCUCUCCUGACUACAGGGCUGGACUUUGUUCUCAUAUCCCUGUCCUACUGGGUGAUCCUGAAAACAGUCUUUAGACUACCAUCUAGAGAAGCCCAGACAAAGGCCUUUGGAACCUGUGGAGCUCAUAUAUGUGUCAUCUUGAUAUUCUACACUCUGGCCUUCUUUUCCUUCUUUACCCAUCGCUUUGGAAAACAUGUGCCCAGGCACACCCUUAUUCUCUUGGCAAACCUCUACUUACUAGUGCCACCUACCAUGAACCCCGUUGUUUAUGGGGCAAAGACUAAACAGAUAAGGAUGAAACUACUAGUGCUCUGUAACCAUUCAAAAUGA